AUGCGGCCCGCUCCGGCACUUCGGCCGUCGAGUGUCUCGCGUGUCUUGCGUCCGCGUCACGUCGCCAGCUUCCACCGAUCUGUCUCUCAGCGGGCAAACCGUUCCGUCGCCGAGUUACUACAGUGGAGGCCCGCAGAGAAGGCGGAGGAUGUGACCGUCAACGGCUUCGUCCGGUCCGUCCGGUCAAUGAAAGCCCAUCAAUUCGUUGCUCUCGGCGAUGGCUCGUCGUUGGCUCCUUUACAGGCCCUCGUCCGGGCCGACCGCGCCGAAGACCUGACCGUUGGUGCGGCCGUCCGCCUCACCGGCUCCUGGGUGUCCUCUCCCGGUGCGUCUCAAAGCCAUGAGUUGCAUGUGAGCAAAGUAGAGGUCUUGGGUCCGUCCGACGCAAAGACAUUCCCCAUCCAAAAGAAAUACCAGACACCUGAGUAUCUCCGUACCAUGCCGCAUUUGCGGCCGAGAACUCCUGUCAACGCCGUCUUGCUACGACUGAGGUCCGAAGCCAUCGCAUCGUUGACUCAGUUCUUUGCAGGGCGGUCCUUCACUCAGACACACCCUCCCAUCAUCACGUCGUCGGACUGUGAGGGCGCCGGUGAGGUUUUUACCGUGACCCCGGCCAACGACACGCCUGCGCCGGCCGACAAGGAUGGUUCCGAGGGGUCCUUCUUCCGCUCCAAAAAGUAUCUCACGGUGUCUACCCAGCUCCAUUUAGAGGCCCUCGCGCAAGCUGUCGGCAAUGUCUGGACCCUCUCGCCCGUUUUCCGCGCUGAGAAGAGCGAUACCUCGAGGCAUCUGAGCGAGUUUUACAUGCUUGAAGCUGAAAUGAGCUUCGUCGAUGGCCUCAGCCCCGUCAUGGACCUGACCGAAGACAUGCUACGGUCAUUGAGUACCAAUCUUAUCGAGUCGGCCACGGUCCGGGAUCUUCUUUUCCGAUCACGCACCAGCGGCUCCGAUCUGGCGCCGGCCGAGGAGGUAAGGCGCCGUUGGGAGGGCUUGAUGCGCCAGGACUGGCCGCGAAUCACAUACUCGGACGCCGUCGCACUAUUGCAGCAGAAAGCCGACCUCUUCGAACACAAGCCGACGUGGGGUGCAGGGCUACAAUCUGAACAUGAAAAGUACCUUGCUGAAUACGUUGGAGGCGGUGAGAAACCCGUCUUCGUUACCAACUAUCCCCGAGACAUCAAGGCCUUUUACAUGCGCGAAACCCAGGCGCCGGCCUCUGGGGUACCCGGCCCAACAGUCGAUUGUUUUGACUUGCUGGUGCCCGAGUUCUGCGAGAUUGCUGGUGGGUCGAUGCGCGAGCACCGUCUAGACCCUCUCUUAGACGUUAUGAAGCGACAGGGAAUCUUCAAACCACCAUCAGAAGGUGCCCCUAACGAAAGCUCCUCCGGCGGUCUUGACUGGUACGUCGACCUCCGCCGCUGGGGCUGCCCACCGCACGGCGGGUUUGGCGUCGGCUUUGACCGGCUGCUCAGCUAUCUGGCUGGCGUCCAAACUGUUCGAGACAUCGUCUCAUUCCCACGCUGGCAUGGACGAUGCGACUGCUGA